GAGUGGAGAAGGUGACUGCAGAUAGCAAGGCAAGCAAAGUGGUAGUGAAAGGAAAGGCAGCAGACCCCAUAAAGGUGUGUGAGAGGCUACAAAAGAAAAGUGGUAAGAAAGUGGAGCUCAUUUCACCUUUGCCAAAACCUCCAGAUGAGAAAAAAGAAGAAGUCAAAGAACCGCAGCCAGAGGAGAAGAAAGAGGAGCCACCUCCUAUGGUAACAGUAGUCCUCAAAGUUCGAAUGCACUGUGAAGCAUGUGCCCAAGGUAUACAAAAGGAAAUCCGCAAGAUUAAAGGAGUAGAGUCAGUGGAGACAAGAUUGGGAAAUGAUCAAGUGAUAGUAAAAGGUGUGAUUGAUCCAGCAAAGCUUGUUGAUUAUGUGUACAGGAGGACCAAAAAGCAAGCUUCUAUUAUGAAAGAGGAGGAAAAGGAAAAGAAGGAAGAAGAGGAGAAGAAAGAGGAGGAGAAAGAAGAAAAGAAAAAAGAAGGUGAAGAAAGGAAGGGAGAUGAUGGUGAAGAAGAUGAUAACAAAACUGAGAUCAAGCGAAGUGAAUACUUGCCAAUAAGAUCCUACGUUGACUACUUUGACUACUUGGACUACCCUUAUGAUUCUCAGAUUUUCAGCGAUGAGAACCCAAAUGCUUGCACUGUAAUGUAG